AUGGCUGACGAGAAGUUGUCCAUUCCUAUAGUCGAUUUUAGUGUAAUGGGCCUUUGUAAUGAUGAAAUUCCAAGUGAUUCAGACGUGAGAGUGCAGAAAAUAGCUUCUCAAAUUUGCAAAGCGUUCAGCAGUAUUGGAUUUGUGUAUUUAAAGAACCAUGGUAUCAGCGACGACGAGAUUGCUAAAGUUAGACAAGUUUCAGACACGUUCUUUGCUUUGCCUGUUGAAGAAAAAGCCAAAUGUGCAAGGGACAGUCACGGUACUAACCAUGGCUGGGUAGCUCUUGAAAGAGAAAGUCUAAACCCAGAUAGACCAGCUGAUUUGAAAGAAGCUUUCAAUGUCGAAGUAGAACAUUCAAAAUGGCCAACAUCUACUGUACCAGACAUGAARCYRUCCCUUGAAGGAUUGUAUGACAAAUGUGCUCAGCUUGCAUUUAGAAUAUUAAAAGUUAUAGGAAUUGGCCUCAAAAUAAAGCGUGUUUUGAUUCCCAAUGAUAAGGAAAAGCGUAAGGUACCAAGAAGGUCCCUGGCGUUCUUUGUUCACCCCGAUGACGAUACAGUGGUCGAGUGUCUCGAUGGUUCCAACAAAUACUUACCAAUAACAGGAAAAGGCUACUUGGAACAGAGAUUUGCUGCAACAUAUAAGUACUGAUUAAACAAACCAAUGACAUCAUAAAAUCUGAUGACGUCAUAAAACUGAUGACGUCACUAGAACGGAUGACGUCUCGUUUUUGACCAUUUGCAGUUUUGAUCUAAAUAUAGUUUGAAUCUCUCGUGAGUGGACAGUCUUGGACGGACAAUUGGUUCAAGAGCCGUGCRCACAUGAGAAAAUGUGAAUACAGUGAUUUUGUGGAAAGAAAUAAAAAGGAAACAUAAGAUAAAACAACGACAAGGAAAAUAACAAAGGUGUUUUUAAAGCUGUCUUUAAUUAGAGCAUCGAUAAGUGGAAAUUAGAGUGUAGUUCGCCACUUGGACUUUUCUAAAUAUGUUCUGAGGAUAGUCUGAUAUAAAGUGAAUGUGCUUGAAAUAUUACAUCCUCCCAUGUAGAGGAACCGAUGGGUUCCUGGGAGAAAUAUAUCUGUUCUUAUGUCCCAGCCAGCUGUAACUGCUGUAAGUCAUAAUUGGUUGUCAGCAAAGUUAAAAUGGAUUCAGAAAUAUAUUUUUUAAAUCAAGAAAAGGAAUAGGCUGUAGGAAACUCUUMACGAUCUUUUCAGGAAGGAAAAUCCCAAAUAUCUCUUAAAUCAUGGCUUUUAAGUGCUUUAACGACCGUAAGGGAGAGUUUUUUUCAAUUUAAAAUUCUAGUUCUAAAUAUCACUUUCUAGGAAGAAAAAUCGUAUAACAGUUAUAUUUAUAAUAGAAGAACAGACCUGGUCGGCUCCUCCUGUCUUGUGGAAAAACAAUAUCGAUAUCUUAAUUGUAAAGAAAAAUUUUGUCCGUUUGACCUUGACUUAACUCAUGAAUUGCGUAAGUCUUGUAAUUCAUGACUCGUGCUGCAUUAGAACAAAGGCCGAGAUGGUUAACCUUGUCUAUGUAGGGUCGCUGCGCAGGAUAUUUGAUCCCAAACUGCUGAUAUUGGUUAAAGGAUUUUCAUGGCUCUUUUCGCGUAAUAAAACGUCCCAUUUUGGAAUCA